AUGGGUUCAGUAUCCAAGGAUUAUUACUAUAAGUUGGCUUCGGAGCUGGAGUCGGAAAGAAUAGCCGCUGCUGCUGGCCUGAUUAAGGAACUUUCAGAGAAUGAUUCGGAGGAUGAUUGGAAUUAUGCGAUUGAUAGAUUAAUUAAAGGUCUUGGUUCACAAAGGGCCUCCGCAAGACUUGGAUUUUCACUUUGUCUUGGUGAGGUAUUGACUAUUUUAAUCAACGAAAAGAAGACAUAUACUGUUGAAAAAUAUACGCAAACAAUUGAACAGAAACUUAACAGAGAAGCUUCUAAGGAGAAAGGUAAAAAUUUAAGAUCAAAUCUAUUUGGGCGGUUGUUUGGAUAUCAGUCACUUCUUAAUGCUGGUGUUCUUCAAGAUAACAUUGAUCAAAUUCUUGCUGUUUACAAAUCGUUAUUUGAUGUUGCUCUUACGAAGCCCUGGAUUAGGGAGAUCUGCUUUGUAACCAUUUACAAACAUUUGUUAAGCUUAAAGCAUGACACAAAGCGUACUGCUUCUAUUAAGCUUUUGGAAUUACUUAAGGAAAACAAUUUAUUACUUUCUCGGGAGGGUGUGUUGAUAUAUCUUGCGAUUAAGCCAGAAAAGAGAUCGAAAUGGACAACAGAAGCUGAUAUUGGUUCAGAUGACAACUCAUGGAAGAACGGAGAUCCCACCACAAAGGGAAAUAUGACUUUACUUGCGAAGGUUCUUGGUAGUUCUGAGGUUCAGAUUCCAACAAAGCAACAGGAUGAAAAGCGACAAAAAAGUGGUAAUCGCCAGAACAGACAAUCUACCUCAUGGAGUUCCCAUCUUCAUUACAUAUGGACUCCCCUUUUUGAGGAGCUAUUGUCACAACCUGGAGAUGAUGACAGUAAAAAGACCAAAAAGCACAAAAAAAAUCAUUCGAGGGCUCCUGUCGAGAGAAUCAAAUUUUCCGAGUUUUGGAAACCUGCUGUGGAUGAGCAAUUUUUCAAGUCUUCUGCUUCUCCAGAGAAGAAAUACUUAGGCUUUGAAAUUCUCUCCCUUGCCUUAUCAAUUCCCUAUUUACUCUGUGACCAGGUUGAGGCAGUGUUUUCUCCAAAUCUUCUUCGCUCACUUGUAAACCAGUCUGCAAAAGAUAACAGGGUUCUUCAUGCACAGGCCAAACUCACAUUGAAGAAAAUCGUAGAUACAACGAACUCUUACGGGGAAAGAAAGAUUACCGUUUUGAAGCGUUUACUGAAAGCUUCACCAAAGUUUGAUCGGAUUACCAAAAGUAAAACCGUGCAAAGUAUCCUCAAUUCAUCAAAUUCUGUUCAAGCACUUUCUGACACAGUUGCAUUCUUGAUUAACUUUGAUUCAGAAGAUGACAGCGACAUUGUUGGCAGACAAUUGUUUGCAAUUGAUUCAAUGCUUAGACUUGUGAGAACGAACAAGGAGUGGCUAACGAAGGAUUGCUCUCCUUUGAAGAAAAUUAUUGAUUAUCUAAUAGAACAUGCAUUUUUUGUCAAGGAAUCGGACAGUCCGAGGUAUACCGAACGUAUUUCCAAAGUUUCCUUGGAAAGACUAUAUUCUGUACUCUCCGAGGCCAUGUCAAUCAAGCGGGAUUAUGAUUGGCCAAAAUAUGUUGUUCUUCGCAUUAGUAUGGCUGACAGCACAGUUCACAGUGAUAAACCUGGAGAGUUUUCGUUGAGACUUGAACCCGAAAAAUCAAUAUCAGAGAUAAAGACUGAGACAUUUGAUACGAUCACACUUAUUAGUGAUCUUUUGGAUGAAUUAGAAGACACGGAUUCGAAGGUUCAACUACUUCGAUGCUUUGAAGUUCUAUUUUCUACAGCCUUGAUUGAAUUGUACACAGCUGAUCCUGAAUCAGUUUCAAUUCUCUCGGAUCUUCGUGAUGCUUUCACAAAUAUUCAAAGUGAAAGUAAAAUUGAAUCGGAGAAGAUUAUGGAGAUUCUUAUUGAUCUUAUGCUUUCAUAUGUAAACCAGAAAUCAACACUUAUGAAAAAGGUUUCACUGACAAUAUGGAUUAAUUUGGUUGAUAAGGUGGGUGAGAGUCAAAUUCAACGUUUGUUUGAUAUUCUUCUUACCAAAGAGAAUAAGCAAGGCCAGUCUAAGCUAUUUGACCAGAACGAAGGUAUUGCACAAGAUGAGAGUGAUUUUAAUACGGAUAAUAAAGACGACGAGGAUAAGGAGGGUACAGAUGAUGAAAUAGAAAUAGAUGGAAGCAUUUCUUCCGAUGUUGGAAAAGAAAACAAUUCAAAUGGCUCACAGUUAAAGAUAGAUCGGAUUGACCAGAAUACAUCCAAAGCUCUAUCUGAGGCUUUAGGUGUGACAAACGAAGUUAGCCCAGAUGAUUUGAAUGAACAAGCAGAUGCAAUUGAAGAAGAGGAGAAGGAAAAGGAAGAGGAGGAGGAAGAAGAGGAGGAGGAAGAAGGGAAGAAGAGAAUAGAAAUGAUGGCUUUAGAUUCCACAUUAUCACAGAUAUUCAAACAGAGAAGGGCAGCAUUAGAAGUUGUUCAAGGAAAGUCUGGAAACCAACGGAAGCUUGAAGCACAAGAGGCUCGAAAUAUGAUGAUUUUCUUCAAAUCAAGGAUUUUGGACCUUCUUGACAUAUUCCAUGAUAAAAGGAGAGAGGAUCCACUUAAUUUGAACAUUGUACUCGUUCUCAUAGAUCUUAUUGCACUAACCAUGGAUAAAGAUGUUGGAAACAAGGCACACAAGCUUAUUAAGAAGAUUUGUAAGGAAAAAGUCAAACUUGUGUCCGAAGAGAGUGCGCUUGAGAGUUUGAAGUCGAUACAACAAAAAUCUUGUAAAUCGAAGAUUCAUGCACAUUCGUUAGCAUGCAAUCAGACUUCAUUAUUCAUUUUAAAGAGAUUGGAAGCUACAUUUGGAAACACAUCGCUUUUAAAAGGAUUGGAUGUCUACUACAAACUAUUCAAAGACUGGAUUCUGGAUUCAUCAAUGAAAACGACGGGUGCAAUGUUUGUGGAUGUGAUAAACUGGGCAAGUAACAACAGAGAGAACAGAGCCAGAAAAUGA